AUGGUUGUACAAAACUCGGAGAUUACCGACACCGACAACGAACAGUAAGUAUUCGAGCACACCCGUACCCUCCUGCAGCUUAAUAUUUUGAGUCCAUGUAAAAGUCGCGAAAGUCAAAAUCGCGAAAUGUUUUAAUAGCGAAAAGUAAACAAUUAUUUUCGUUUAUACGUACGCCUUUGUAAUAGUAAGUAAUAAUAAUAUUAGAUAAUCAAUAACGUAAUUUUUCUACUUUUACGUCUUGGAUCACGAAAUAAAGAUAAGCCACGGUUGAACCUAACCACUAUUUACCUUUAUCAUAAUAACAAAACUAAUAAUAACAUUAGAUAAUCGAUAAUGUCAUCGAUAGUUUUAAUGUUUUUUAUAUUCAAUUUUUCAAAUUUUAUUUUAUUAAAUAUUGUGAUGAUAAUGUUGUUUAAAAUAUAUGAUAAUAUAUCAUAUCUUUUAAAUUUAGGAAAAAUAUGUCGAAAAUAAUGUUCCAAUUUCGGUGUUAAAACAUUUCGCGAUUUUUAUUUCCGCUAUUUAUUUUUCACAAUUUUAACUGGCACCCAGUUAAGGUUGUAUAUAUAUAUAUAUAACUGGCUUUCUACAAAUAGGUGGCCCGUUUCGAAUUAUUCAUUCUCCCUCUCCUACUCGCGAACAACCUGACAUUUUACAGGCCCUUUGUACAGACUUGAGCAAUGGCAGUUAGAUCCAUUAGUAGUUGGGAAUAACAACACGUUAUUUAUGAUUAAAUAAUUGAAAAGUAGAUUAUUUAUUUUUUUAUUAUUUAUUAUUAUUAUUAUAUUUAUGAAUAGUUAUAAUAUCUUAUAUGAUUUAUAUACACGCAUGUAUAAAAAAGCUAAACCAGUCUUUCUGUCUGUAACGAUUUGUCUCAUACAGUAAAUUGUGGUUUUUACGUUUAAACCGGAGCUUUAGCUUUAAAAUUAUAAAAUUUAAAGAGAAGAAUAUUCCCUAAAGCUAAGGGUUUCUAAACAAAUUUGCAUGUGAUAUUUAAGUAAUGUAAUUUGUCUAUAUCGUCCGUUAGUAAGACGGAGCUAACAUAUUAUGCGGAUAUAAAAUCUUCUUAAUAAAAAUAUUGUAAAUGUACUCGCAUCACAAAUAUUUGAUAUUUAUAAUUUAUUCUUUAUGAUAUUUAUUCAUUAUAAAUGAAUUCAACUUUAUCGUUCAGUACGAGUUUUGUUGUCGUAAAGUCAAUUUAAAAUAUUAUAAUUAUGAAAAAUAAAUACAUUUUUAGACUUUUUAAGACAAAAAAUCAUUUUUUAGGGUUUUAUGUAGGAUUUCAUUCCCAGCCAUAUUAUAAUCAAUGAUGUCACGAUGAAAACAUGUAAGAAUAAUGUACGUUUUUAAAAAUUGUUUUGUCGUACUUAAUAUCAUAAUAUCUAAUUAAUAAUUACAAAUAUCGAAUAAUUGUAUAAAAUGCAUUUUGUUAAUUUAAAAUAGUAAUUCUAAAGGGCCCCCCAAUUGCCGUUGGUCUUUAUGCAAAAGACCUAAUAACAAAUUACGUAACAGAAUUUGAACCUAAAACGCUAAUAAAUAAAAUUAAUUACAUUAUUGUAAUUAUCCACAUAAAAUCAAAAAAACUUGAAAUUUCAAAUAUCUAUAAAAAAACUAAAAAAAAAAAAAAAAAAUAGGACAGAAGAAUAUUUUGAGCUACGUUUAUAAAAUGCUAAUAUGUAGGUAAUAAUUUGGAAGAAGUUUCACAUUUGUUUACGUUUAUUUUUCUCCGGUCAACAACAUACAAAAAACAAAAAACCAAAUAAAAUAUGUUUUAUAUUCAACCUCUACCAAAUGUCUGAUUUGCGGCAAAUAAUACUUAUAGUCCAUUGCGAUGAAUAAUGUAAAACAAAACAUGGAAUAUUUAGUUUGUCACACAGAAAAUUUUGAUCGAAUUACGUGCCGCAUUGCCCUUGUGUUCGUAAAUACUAUUAUUUGAUUCAUCCGGUGUUGAUGUCGUUGAUCUAAUAAUCGAAAUUUUCACAGAUAUAAUUCAAAUAACACUUACCAUUUAAUAAAAUAUAUUAGUAGUAAUAUAUCACAUUAUCAGAAUGGUAGUGUAGUUUGAAUUAUACCACUUUUGCCAUGGUAAAAAAGCAAUUCUUGUACACAAAACGUAUUUGCUUGUACCUAUAAAAUUAAAUAAGUUAAACGUAUGAUAGGAUGUUAAGUAAAAUAAUAUUAGGCUGCAUUUAAAUGCAGUAGUGUUUUCACAAAAUUAUACAUUGCCGCGACAAAAUAGUUAUUUUUAAUAUUUAGGUGAUUAAUAAAAAUAGGUAAAUUUGUUCAUAACAUAAUAAAUUCUUUUUAAGUAGUAUAAUUUAAAUAUUUAAUCUAAUUUAUAAAUAACAUAAAUUCAACAAUUUUGUUAUAUUGGUAAAUAAAAUAUGCUUUGUUUUACAUGUAAAUAUUUUAAAAAUGCUUAAAAUCGUGUUUUCUCAAAACGCAAUUUUACGACUAAUUAAUACCAGUAUUGUCGUUGUGAUAGAUGAAAUUCAAGUCAUUUUAUUUUGUUUUUUUUUUUUUUUUUUUAACACAUUAAAACGUUUUUUUGAAACACUGUUAUCACGUUAGAAGAUAAGGAGAAACAAACUAAAUAACGAAAUUCUAUUAACUUUAUUUAUAGUAUAUUCAAAAAAUAAUUUAUAAUGCAACCUAAUAACUUAACUAGAUUUUUAAAAAUUAAAUAUCUGUUUUUGAAAACACUUUUUUAUUUCUCCUAUAUUUUAGUCGCAGAGCGGAAGAUUAAGAUUAAAAGGAAUUUUCUAUGAUGAUAUUAUAAUUUUUUUUUCCAACAUCAAAAGAAUUCGGUUACAAAAAAACAAAAUACGACGGUAAAUAUUAUUUUCCGGUUAUCAUUAAAAUGAAUUCCACAAAAGGAUUUAAUAUUAUUUUGAAUUUAAACGUGAUAAUCGUCGAAUUGGAAAAAAAAGAUUCCGAGUGCGUGAUAAUUAAAAUGUAAAAGUCUACUUACAUUUCUUUAUAAUUUUUUUUCUCGGUACGCUGAAAUAGAUAGUUUUAAAUAUCGGGUCACUUGGGAUUAUAUUGUGUAAGUACUGCGAGCUCUUUUUUUUUUUCAAUUAUAUAUAUAUAUAUAUAGCUAUUAUAAUGCAUAAAACUGGCACUCGAGAGUUUUCAAAUAAGAGUAUUUAAUUACUGUCUAUUUCAAAGUAUUAUUUAUACCCAUGUAUUCGUGAGAAAAAAAAAAGCUGAUAGUAAGGACGGGCACGGCCACUGUUGUAGGUAGGUAGUUGGGAAGGCGGAAUACAUUACGUUAUUUAAUUUAUACUCGUAACCAACGUAACCAUCGCAAAUUUUUUUUUGCGCCUAAUAAAACCAUUCGAAUAGCAAAUUGCAUAUUACAGAAUUUCACAAUAAUUUUUCGGCGAAACAAACGAUGCCGUACCUACCUAUACAUGAUUUAUUUCCUAUGAAAUACAAACAUUUGUAUUUGGGGAACACAUUGUUCGAAAAAAAUAUCACUUCAUCAAUAGUUUACAUUUUUAAUUUUUUAAUUUGAAUUUGCGUUUUUUUUUUUUUUUAAAUACAGUUAUUGGGUAAUGGGUAUUGCAAAACAGGUGCAAUCAUCGGAUAUUCACAAACGUUCGUAAGUCAUACUUUGAUGGCUUUACAUUUUGUCUAUAUAUAGACUUUAUAUAGACAUACGUAUAGACAUUUACAAAUAGAAUACUGUAUCUGCUAUAAUAAUAUUUAUAUAUACGGACUCGAUUUUGUGCAGUAGAUUGAAAAAAAGUCACACAUACACACGCGAUUGUGAUUUCCAAUCGAAUUCAAAGUGAAACUCCCGAAUAAGUGGUUUUUAUAAAUCCCAGAUAGAUACAUAUAAUGGUGAGUGUAGUAUAAAAUGUGAAUAGCUACAAUCCCAGAAAAAAAAAAAAAUAAAUAUUUCCUUUGCUUUCGAUCGGGCUAUACGGGAAUAGCUUCCCAGUAAAUAUUUAUUAUUUGUGAACUGCUACUACCGGUUUUAUAUUUUUGAAUAGUAGGUAUUUAACAAUAUACCUCAUAAUUCAAUGAUAUUUAAAUCGAAUAUCUAAAAUAUCCAAUGCCAAUAAGUCAACGUAGCUAUAGUACCAAUAAUAUUGAUACUUAUACUGAUAAGGUUAUACGUCACGUUAAAACGGUUUAUGAAUAUUUUAACUUUAUCAAACUUAUCUAAAUAAUAUCAAAUACAAGUACGACUAUUUAAAUUAGGUUCUGUAACAAGUAAUAUUUUUAUUUUAUUUUUUCUUGAUUUUGGAAUGUGCGAGAAAGUAAAAAUUUGUUUUACAAUACUUAUUAUGUGUAUUAUCUAGGUUUUUUUUUGCGGUAACAAAAUGAUACCUAUAAGUACUCUAAGAAAUAGAAUUUAUACAAUAUACUAUUUAAAUAUUUAUGUUAUUUUAUUUAAAUUCAUUUCAUUCAUUCAUUAUUUAUUUUAUCAUAAUUUAGACAUUAAUGUAAAAAGUUAUUGUUUAUGUUUUUUCAAUAAGAUAUAAAUUUCCUGUCAAAAAAUAUCCUUUGAAAAUAUUGCAAUUACUCUAAUGAUUACAACUAAUGAGUUAAAACUGUGUUUAUUAUUAAACAAACAACUACUAAGUUAUUAUUUAUUAGUAUUGAUUAUACUUAAUAUUAAUUAUUAUAAUAUGUAAAUUUUAAUCUGUGAAAUUGCAGGUGCUAUAGAAAUCUAAGUCCUGAUAUUUUUUUUUUUUAUCUAAUUAAAAUUUAUUGUUGGUACGGGGUAACGUUUCAUUGGUUAAUAUAACGACGUAAUAGGUAUAGUAUAUAAUAAAUGUAGGUUUAUUAAUAACGAAGUAUUGUACGAAUAUCGAUUGAAUAAAUAACGGAACAAAGAAAAACGAACUCUAACUUUUUCGCAAUAAGACACCAUAUGGGCGAAUAAUACACGUUUUAUAUCCGCAGCUUUACAAGGUUUUCGAAUUGAACACGGCAGUGACUAUGUAUUAUUGUGAAAGCGUUUGCCAAAUGAUCUCUUUCUUUCCCCCUCACUCUCUCUCUCUCUUAUUCUCCGGGAAGGACAGAAAUUAAAAGUUCCAUAUAGUUAACCUUGAAUUGGAUUGUUUACAGGGAACCAAACGCAGUUCUAUUCGUAUGCGACAAUACGAGUGAUCCACGGAAAAGAGGUCGACGAAUAUUAGCACAGGUAAAAAUAAAAAACUAACGAGAAAACCAUACGGUAUUAUACCAUAUUAUAUUAUAUUUCAAAUAAAUAUUAUUUAUUUAUUUAUUCAUGAAGAUUUCACCUAGUAUGGAAAAUAAUAAUUACAAAUAUAAAAAUCAAUUUUCAGGAUUUGCAAUACUAUAACUGUUAUAAAUUAUUACUAGAAAAAGUAAAAAAUUAUAUUAAAUGAAAUCCACCGUUUUAAUCUGUUACAUCUGUUUAAUGUUUACUCCAAACGAUAUAUUGUACAAUUGUAGAGAGAGAUCGUCGUACAUAAAAUACUCAGUAUCUCGGAAAGUAUUAACUUUUUCGUAAUUUGUUUUUUAAAUCAUUUAAGAAAUAAGUAGUUCUAAAAUGAAACAUUACAAAUAUUUUUGUCUUCCUCAUUUUAAAGGGUGAAACAACUAUUUAAUUUUGAUUUUAAAAUGACAAACUGUAUAAAAAAUAGAAGGAUUAUUAGUUUAAUUAAGUUUUUAUGUUAAAAUUUCUGAUUUCCGUCUACCCGUCGAAGAGAUAUUCUACUUUUAAGUGUGGCGGCACGGCGAGCCGUGUUUCAAUAGUGUUCCACCCAUCAAAUGUAGUGGUUUUACCCUAUAAUAUAGGAGCGUCAAAAAUGAACGUAAUGUAACAUUUUAGAAAUACUUAUUUUUUAAAUAGUCUAAAAAGCAAAUACAGAAAAAAGUUAGUACUUUUAAAAUAAUGAGUGUCUUACGUUAUGUUGAUCAGCCCAUACUAAUACUAAUAUAUUAUAAUAAUAAAGGUAUGCGCGACAAUCGCUCAGAGUUUAUUAGUAUUGGAUGUGGGUAUGAUGGUGGUCGUGCCUACGAUCGUAAUUGGUGAACUCCACAACGCCAAACAAGGUCAAUUGUCAUUAAACGACUCUCAGUCUUCGUGGUUCGGUAAACAAUUUUUUUUUUCGCCUAAUUUCUCUGUGCAUAACAUAAUAAUCUUCUUUUUAUCCACUGCCUCUUUUCCCAAUUUUAUGACGUCGGCCUCCCAGGCUCUAUAAUAUUGGUUUCCCCCAUAUCUAUACAUUAUCUACGCACACCACAGAAGUCCUAGAUUUUCUCUUAACCGUGUCUACUAAUCUCUUUUUCGGUCUCUAUCUUCCCAAUCUUCCACUCAUAUACAUUUGUAAAACUAUUUGUAUAGCCAAACCUAUACUAUUACUGAGUUUACUGAAGCGUAACAAUCUGUGUCAUAUAAUAUACAUCGUUGCACGUUGGUCUUAUCAUAGUUUUGUAAAUGUACCUUGAAGCCUAAUCUUAAUGACUUAUACUUAGGUUAAUUCUUUUAACAGUUAUCACACAACAGUAUUUUUAAUUCCUCCUUCACUCUCUCAUAAUCAUACUCAAAUACUCGAUCCAGUGGGCGCCAUACUGAUGGGGCAGAUAGAGGCAAAUCAGUCUUCAUAUUACUUUCAAUUGUGGAUAUAAUUUUCUCCUUAUCAAUUUUUAACUUCCCCAUUCAUUCCACAUUCAUUUUUAAAUUAACAUAUAUCAUCUCUUAUCAUUAGAUCAUGGUAAUUCUUUUACACAAUAAUCAUAAUCAUAAUGUUCAAUAAAUUUCUUCUAAUAUGUUUCUAGCGAGCUGUAUGCUGUUGUGUCAGCCGUUGGGUUGCUUGUUGUCGAGCUACGUACAAGGCUUUAUGGGUCAAAAGAGCAGCAUGUUGUUAACCAACUUACCGCAUCUGGUCGCUUGGUAUCUAUUAUACUCGGCUCAAUCUCCAAAUAUUUUGUACGCCGCAUCAGCAAUAAUGGGCGUCGGUAUUGGGUUCAUGGAAGCUCCCACGCUGGCAUACAUUGGCGAGAUCAGCGAGCCUCAUAUCAGAAGCACGUUGGCAACGAUUGUCAACACCCACGUGGUCAUCGGAUUCCUGCUGGAAUUCACGCUGGGCUGGUUGCUACCAUGGAGGAUCGCCAUGCUAGUCAGCUGUUCGGUGCCCAUUAUCGCUGCCAUUACUAUUUCACUGGUAUAAAAUAAAUCGCAGUCAUAAUAGUAAUAUACCUAGGACCUAGGUCCUAGAUGUAUCGAAUUUAGACGUAAUUUUUAACUCAGUGCACAUAAGUUUCCAAAUAAGCAGGUGAAACGUCAAUUCGUCGUAGUUAGUAACGAUUUAAUUGUUUUCGAUUUUGUUUUUUUUUUUUGAUUUGUUAUAAUUGGGUUUAAAAUAAUCACAGAGAAACGCUAUUACCUAACGAUUUUUAAACUAUUUAUAGGAAUUUUACAUUUUCAAGUUUUUUAGUUUUUAUUUGGUUCUAAGUAAGAGAUAAAAUAGUUUUGCAAACAUUUUUUUAAAUGUACACAUAAUUUAUUAUAAGUUGUAUUUAUCGGUAAAAAUGCCCUUAAAGUUUAAAUGUUAUCAAAAAUCAUAUAAAUCAAGGUAUUUCAAAAUAUAAAUAAAUCGAAAUUCGUUCUUAUGAGUCAUAGUCGUGUUUCUUAACAAUAAUUAAUCAUUGUUAACUGAUAUCAACUAAAUAAUUGUAUGUAUCCUAACUUUCCAACUUCUCAUCUACAACAACUGUAGUAUCAGCUCUUUUUACUUUAGUUGUAUGUUUUGAGCUAAAUUACGUAUGUUAUUUUGGUUAUAAACGUAUAACUAACAUGGGAAGUUCAAAUAAAUUAUGAAAUAUGUCAAACAAAUUAUGUAGUAAAUGUGGCAGAUAUAAAAUACUUCUACAGAGGGGGCAGUGCUACUUACGUAAAAUAUAUUUUAAUAAUUUGGCAUGUAUAAUUUACGAAAUAUGUAUUAUUAUAGAUUCCCGAAUCACCUAUUUGGUUGUUAACUAAAGGAAAAAAGUAUGAGGCGAUGGAAUCGUUAAGAUGGCUCCGCGGCUGUGUGCCUUUUGAAGAAGUAAGCGAGGAAUUUUACCGUCUCGAACAAUACUGUCAAGCGUCCACAAACGAUUUAAAAACAAAACGGGAAACUAAGAUUGAAAAUACUGUCAGAUACACCGAGGUACCAGGUAUAACGAAUUAUCGAUUCAAAUAUUUUUCACAAAAAGACCGCCUGUUAAACAUUACAAUUCCAUUUUACAUUUCUCUCAACGCAGAAAAUAGUGUCGUUAGUUUUAUUUUUAAAUUUAAACGCUGUAAUUAUCAGAACGUUUAUUAGUUAAAGAUGCUGGAUUAUGCUUUGCGAUUAAUUUUUAUAGUAGUCCAUGGUUUCCUUCAUUAUUUAGUAAUGUAAGAUACGAACUUUAUGAAUUUGUCCGUGUCUUACAUUCCGUCAGUCUGCCUGUAUGCGUUUUAUCUUUUAUACGGUUCCAAAUUUGUUUAUGUGAUUUCCAUUAACAAUUAGUUGGACUCUAAAGAAGGUCCACGUGGCUUUUUCGUACUAUGGAUGCAAAAAAUGUUCGUCAAAUCAUUUUGAAAAAUGUUUAUUGCUGCACUCUGGAACUCUGUGACAGUUUAUAUUUACAUACAAAAUAAAACCAAAAUCAGCAGGUAUCAUUUUUAAAUUUGAACACUGUUAUUAUAUAUUAACAUUGGUAAACGGUUUUAGGUUGUCUUACAACCUAAAAUGUUUUUUUUCUUGGCUGUUUUUAAACAUUUAUUCUAAGUAUUUCGGUAAGAAAUUAAGAUACUUGAAAAAAAAUUUGUCGAAAUAAGCAUAUUUGAUUAAAUUUAUUGUAGUUUUAAGUAGUUACAGGUGGAAUUGAUUAAAUAAUAUAUUUAUAAAGCUUGAUACAAUGUUAAAAAUACCUAUUAUUUCAAUUAUUGUUUUGAUGAGAAAUAUUUUGUUUUAGACUAUGAAUACAGUACAGUGCAUGGUGAGACCAGUAUUAUCCAUCGUUUAAGAGAUUUCCUUCGUGCCGGAAUGUUAAAACCAUUGCGAUUGGUACUUUUAUAUAUGUUUUUUAGUCAUGCGGUUAUGUUAUCGGCUAUGCGACCGUAUAUGAUCGGUACAUUCAAUAAAUUGCGAGUACCGAUUUCUCCAACUACACUCACUGUAAGUUUUAAAAAUUCCGUUACUUUAAAUACUAUUUACUUACCUAAUACAUACACAAAUCUAAAAUAAAUUAUAUUAUUAUAAUAUUGAUCGAUCAAAACAUUAAGAUCGAUUGGCGCGCAUAAUACAUCAAAUGUAUUAAUUAUUUUUGUGCACAAUAUGAUUUCCAGGUCUUAACUGCAGCAUUACAAUUCUUAGGUGCACUGACGUGUAUCUGUUUCGUUCGCCUAACAGGCAAAAGAGCGCUGUCUUUGGUUUCCAUGGUGGUGUGCUCUAUCUGUUGUUUAUCGUUGGGCGCUUAUGCAUAUGCCAUACUCUGGUAUUCCUUUUCCAUGCCGUGGAUUCCACUGUUAAUUUUUUGUGUGCUUUACUAUUUUAUAAAUUUAGGAAUAAGUCCUGUUCCUUGGCUACUGAUCAGCGAGGUAUUUCCUAACAGGUUGGUAUUUAAAUAAUUUUCUACAAUUCAGUGGCGUAUUUAGGUUUUUUUUUCUAAGGGCAGAUGACGAAAAUUUCAGUUUACAGACCCGUGAUCUCCUUUCAAUAUUUUAACUUAAAAAUAAACAGCUUUCUUUUAUUUCAUGUGUUUUAUCAAAUUUACAAAAUAUAGCCUAAACAUUAAAAUGUAAUUAUUACAUUUUUAUUUUAGAUUCAAGGCGUAUCCAGAGAUGUAUUGAUUAUAUGAUGAUGUUUAUAUUUUGGAUUUUUUUUUUUUUUCCCAACAAAUAGCAAAAACCGGGAAAAUGUAUUAAUAAAAUAUCACGGUUUUUAUUUCUUGUGAACAACUUUUCUACCAGCAGUUUUGCUCCGAUUUACAAUAGUAACACUUUUUCUGGAAGGAAAUCUGACUGGAGUGGUACUUCAGGGUAGCCUUUUUUUUAAUUUCCCAGGUGUUUUCAUAAUAAAAGGGGGAAACACGUAGGAAAAACGGGAAAAUAGGUACAAAAUAAAACAUAUGUUAUUAAAGAUUAAUUAUUUUACCAUAAUAUGACACAUAUAUAUAUAUAGUUACAAAACAAUACUAUUACCCGAACUCUGUUCAGAAUCGUUUUUCGUUAGCAGUAGUUAAUCGUUGCGUACAAAUAUACAUUAAAUUUCCCUACUACCUUCCUAUCUUUCCAUCUACUACAGUGGCCCACCCAUCGUGCGAAAUAUGUCCAUAUCUUUUUAGUAUUAUAAAGACAAGAUAACUUUCUCUAUUGCUGCCUGUAAUAUGGCAGUAUGAUUAUUGAAUCAUUGUUAUCGUCCUCUAUAUCAGAUUACCCAUCAUCAUUGUUACACUCUUUGGUCUCUAGUGUAACACUACUCUAUGAGCCACAUCUCGAUAUUAUACUUUUAAGUUUUAACUGAUUUUAAUAUGAUUAUUUUACUACGAUGGUCUCAAAUUUUGCACUUUCAACAUAGAUUAUUAUUAUUUGUUUAUAAUUUAUAGUUAUCACUUAACACCUACACGUAAACUAAUAUAAUUUAUUAAAAAUUUCAUGGAGGCAGAUUUAUUUUCCGAAAAUACGCCACUGUUACGAUUAAUCAUUAAAUCUGCUUACCCAUUUUGUAUUAAAUUUUACCAAAAUUAUGCCUUGUUUCAAUUUUCAGAGGAAGAGGAACGGCCGGCAGUUUGUGUGCCGCUAUAUUCUAUAUCCUUGCAUUUAUUAUGGGAUCCACUUGGUUCAGUCUUCAAAACUUAAUAGAACUCCACGGAUGUUUUUUCUUCUACGGAAUUUUAGGAAUUUUCGGAAUUGUAUAUAUAUUCAUUUGUCUGCCGGAAACCGAAGGGAAAACCCUCGCCGAGAUAGAAAAAUUGUUCAUGAAAAAACAAUAA